AUGACGCUCCUCACGCUGGAUCCUGCAUCCUUUCGCCGGCCGAAGGGCCAACAGUCCACCAGGCACUUGUACCUUGCAAACUGCGGCUACGGCAGGGGCGAGUCGGUAGAGACGGUCCUGGCCAGACUCGAACCUCAAGGGGAAGUUCUUGGCUUGCAUGUGGGCGAUGGCGGCGUCUCAUACGCCAGCUUCUCGGAUGCUUGCACCGCCGAGAAAGUGAAGGCAAACCUUGAGGGCUCGACCAGCUGGGUGAUACGCUUUGCUGAGCUGAGCUCUGAGAGUACGUCAGGAGUGCUUCUUCCUGAGAGCGUGGAGGCAACUCAGCAUGUAGAGGUGCCAGGUCUGCAUGUGGUCACUGACUUCAUAACGGACGAAGAGUCCGUCAGCUUACUGCGGGAAAUCGAUGCGCGGCCAUGGGACACGAGCAUCAAGAGGCGCGUUCAACACUAUGGCCAUGCCUUCGAUUAUGCAACUUUGAAGAUCGCUGAACAGGGAACGGUGCCAACCAUGCCUUCUUUUGCUGCAGAGGUCAUAUCCCGACUGAGAGACUCCAGUUUGAUGCCCCAUGAAGUGGACCAGCUUACGGUAAACGAGUAUGAACCUGGUGUUGGAAUUGCCUUCCACGUCGACGCGCACUCUGCAUUUGAAGAUGGGAUUGCAGCCAUCACCCUGGGCUCAGGAAUUGUGAUGGAGUUCAGGAAGACGGACGCGACCAGCGGAAAGCUCUCCAUGGGAAAGCACCAUCGCAUGGCACCUCCACAGGCUGGAGCUGAGAUCUCGAAGCAUGUCUGGCUCCCACCGAAGUCCUUGCUGAUCAUCAGUGGUGAGGCUCGAUUUGCCUGGCAGCACGGCAUUGCUUGGAGAAAAACGGACUGCUUGAAGGAGGGUGAGGUGUUGCCGCGCUCACGCCGCGUCUCUCUCACCUUCAGACGAGCACGUUGCGGAAGGCCAUGCGACUGCCAGUGGCCGGCACUCUGCGAUAGCCAGACCCCAGAAGCCCAUGCAAUGCCAACGCGUGUUGGCUCUUCGGCGGCAGGCUGA